AUGCUCCCAACACCAUGCACCUCCCAUGUCCCAUUCGAUCGGGUUUACGAACCGGCAGAAGAUUCCUUUCUGCUCCUCGAUACACUCUCAUCACCAUCUGAAACGGCUUUCCUAGCCUCUCGCUUUCCUUGCCAAUGUACUGAAGCAAUAACAACGCCUUCACCAUUUACCGUUGAAGUUGGCCCCGGUUCAGGAGUGGUCCUGGCAUUUCUAACCGCUCAUGCGCAAACUCUGUUUUCACGGCCAGAUAUCGUCACGCUGGGCGUUGACGUGAACUGGUUUGCUUGCAAGGCGACAGGGGAGACGGUCAGAAAAGCGGUUAAGGAGGCCAUGGCUCCUAAGAAAACAGGGGCAGGACAAGGAGAGGGCAAUGGAUACAAAGAUGGGACUGGCUAUUUUCUCUCCGCGGUGCAAGGGGACCUGACGAGCGCCCUGCGCCCUGGCGAGGUGGAUGUAUUGGUGUUCAACCCUCCCUAUGUGCCAACCGAUUCGGUUCCAGAGGUAUUCCCCACAACUACAACAUCAUUAGCUACAGGGAAACCGACAACAACGUACGAAGAAGACUCUUGUCUGCUUGCGCUAUCCUACGCGGGUGGAAAGGACGGCAUGGAGGUUACCGACCGGUUGAUUGCACAGCUCCCGCAGGUGCUGUCUUCUAGGGGUGUCGCAUAUUUACUCCUUUGUGCACAGAAUAAGCCUGAGGAAGUGAAGAAGAAGAUAAGGAGUAUGGAAGGAGGUGGCCCUAAUGGAUGGCGAGCAGAGACGGUUGGGACAAGUGGGAAGAAAGCUGGAUGGGAAAAGUUGCAAAUAGUCAGGAUAUGGAGGGAUAUAUAA